CAAAAACUGAGCUGCUUCGUCUCUCCUCUUUUGCGUUUGCCUCUAUAAAUUGUUCCUUCUCUCACAAUUCUCCGAGUAGUUUCUCUGUAUUUCAUGAAAGUUCCGAAAUCUCGCUAACUUUCUCUGAAUUUUACGCUGAGAAUUAUUUUCACAUAGUGCUAGAGAGCUUUUAUAGUUUGAAUAUUGCAAUCAUGAGUGCUGUGAAUGUCACAAACAUCAAUGUCUUAGACAAUCCAUCACCAUUCCUUUCGCCUUUCAAGUUUGAAAUCACUUACAACUGCAUCGAUCCUCUCAAAGAAGAUUUGGAAUGGAAACUCACCUAUGUUGGAUCUGCUGACGACGAGACAUAUGACCAACAACUAGAAGAUGUGUUUGUUGGCCCUGUCAAUCUUGGAAGUUACCGCUUUUUAUUGCAGGCAGACCCUCCAGAUCCUGCCAGAAUUCCUGCUGAAGAUAUACUUGGUGUCACUGUGCUCAUGUUGACCAGUUCCUAUGUAGAUCAAGAAUUUCUACGAAUUGGCUACUUUGUGAACAACGAGUACACUGAUGAGAAUCUGAGAGAACAACCUCCCCAAACGGUUUUAAUUGACAAGAUACAAAGAAACAUACUAACAGACAAACCUAGAGUGACAAAGUUCCUCAUCAAUUUUCACCCUGAAAACAGCGAGACUGGAGAGCAAGCCCCCCCUCCACCUGAUGAUAACACAGCUGAAGCAGGUGGAAGUGAAGAGCAACUACCUUCUCCUAAGAUUGGAUCAGACGUGAGUGGGACCUAACUGUGGAAGGAAGUUAACCUUUUGCCUGAACUCCUAAGCUUUUAGUUUGACAUCAUUCUGUUGGGCUAUCAUCUCAUCCUAAAUCCUAAUACAUGAUCAUUAAUCUCUUUUUUUGAUGUCUUCGUCUUCCUAAUACAUGAUCAUUAAUCUCUUUUUUGAUGUCUUCGUCUAUCUCAGUGGAGCUUUUUGAAACUGAUAUGAACACGAGUUGCAUUUUGUGUCUGUUAA